AUGCUUGCAUACCCCCGCCCACGGCAAACUCACCAGCCAGAGUUCGUUGGCCUGAUUCCAUUGCUAUUAGCAGCCAUUCUGGCCGUCUUCUCGGUCGGCGCUGGCGCCGCAGAAACCAAGGACAAUAAGCCUAUUCCACCCCUUGGCAAGGAGUACAUUAUCGAGGACUCUCUCUUUAUCACACCAAAGUCUCACCCGGGCCUUUUCUCAUUUAACGGCCGUUGGCUCCGAUACAGAGACACUUUCUAUGCCUCUUCAUGGCCUGCAACUUCUGUCAACGUUCUUAUUUACGGUGACGAAUGCUCUAUCAAGCUUAGACCUCCACGCAAUACUGGUGUCAUUAAAAACCAGCGUUUCCUUGUUUCAGUCGAUGGAUCUCCUCAGCUUGUCCUCUCUCUCCCCCCAUACAAUGCUGAAGAAAACCCCGUUUUUGACGUCCGUAUCGAUUUACCUCCUACUGACCCCUCUAUUAAAGAGGAGGCUGAAAACUCGGCAAAACUUGUCCCUCAUGUCGUUGAAAUCAUGUCAGACGAAGAAAACCCUCUGCACAUUUUGGGUAUUUCCAUGACAAACACCGUUGUUCGUCAAGGCUCCUCCUGGGUGGCCAACCAGCGACGCAUCCCUCACAUUGAAUUUGUGGCAGAUAAAUCCUCUAACUUUUAUCCCUCUGUUAAUCAAACUUCUCUUUAUGCGGCUUCUCGCUCUCUCGGCCUGCGUCAAACUUACAUUCACAAGUACGAUACCUGCUUUUCCUCUCACUGCUACAAGGCUCGCGGUGGUCUUGCUCAACAGUACGAAUGGCUUUCUCCCUUUGACGGUAAUCCAAAGCCUGCCGAUGCUCGCAACGAAAUGCCCUUCUUUCACGUCUUCAACCGUAUCCAACGUCUCUUUGAGACUACAGAACCUCAGUUCGUCGUUGUUGAUGUUGGUGACAAUGACCUUCUUAAGGGUGUUUCCCCCCACAAUUUUUACACUGACUUGCAGAUGUUUCUUGGUCAACUCAUUGUGAACCACAGACCCGACGCUCAAAUCUUUGUCAUUAUUCGCGACGGCCGCUACUUUCACGAGACUGAGGAUGCUGUCAUCUCUAUGAGAAAUUCUAAUGUCCAUGCCGUUUAUUUUGGACAGGAGUCAGCCGACUGGUGGAGGGCUUUCUUUUGCUCUUAUAUUCUCCCUCUUGCUGAUCAAAACUAUCCUUAUGCAGAGUUUUGCAGCGCCCCAGGUCUCACACAGAUUACUGGCUCUUCAGCGACUUCUGGCUUCUUUUCCUUUUUGAUUAUUUUGGGUCUUGUUGCCAGCGUCUCUUAUGCCAUUUAUGUUAACCGUGGAUAUAUUCUUAGUCUAAUCCAAGGCUCUUCUAACCUGCCACAUUACACCACAUCUUCCAGCAAACCACUUAUGUCUGAAACUGCUUAA